GUUCAAUGGAAUUCAAAGCUUUCAAGUAUUUGUGGGGUAAGUCUUUGCAAGACAUUUAAAAUAUUACAGCGAAUAUUCACAGGAAAAUUUGUAAAAUAGUUUCAUUUUAUACACACAAAUUAAGAUGCUUUCUGUAUUAAUGUUAGUUGAAAAUUAUUAGUAUUACUAUACUACAAAAUUAAUUUUCAACUAACAUUAUUAGUAGUAUUCUUCAUUCAGUUGCAAUUACUUACAAGUUGUAUUAGAUCUCAAAUUUAAUAUAGUGGCAUUUAAUAGUGUAAAAUAUCCAGUAAGUUUCAGGUUUCAUUAUUAACACAAUAUUGUGGCUCAUAUAUAUACAUGUAUAUAUAUGGUCCACAAUAUUGUGUUAAUAUAAUGAAACCUGAUCGAAUAUAUAUCCAUCAGAUCUUUCGAUGUUUUUUAAUAUGUUUGUAGUUGAAUUAUCAGAAAGUCUUUUAUCAUCAUGAAACGUAUAGUUGCUCCCAUUGAGGCCCGGAUUUGCAGCUCCAUCUUGCCAAUUAAGUGGGUAAACACAAUAGACUAACAAUACCAUUACCUUUAAGUUACGGACAAGUAUAAUUCCCGUUAGGAUAAGGCAGUUUUUACCAUAAAUGUGUUUGUCCCUAUUUGGAAGAUAGCAUUAACAUCCACAAAGGCAUAUUUAUGCCAUGUGUGUUAGCCACAUACUGUACAGAUUGUAGAAUUACUAGAUCGACGCUUCGAAUUGCUAGAUCGACGCUCUACCAACUGAGCUACACGGUCAGACGGAUUUAAGACUGGAAAUUAUGAAAUAUAUACUGAAUGUCAUAAACAUACUCAUUUAUAUUAAUUCAGCAUCGAACAAUACUAGUUCUGCAAGUGUUAUGUUAGUUGUGUUAAUUAUUGUACACUCCGUAAUAUGUUAAGAUGGAAAUGUUUUCAUUGUAAUAUGUUACAGAGUGUGCAAUAACACAAGUAACAUACAGUAACACUUGCAGAACUAGUAUUGCAUAAUAUAUUCAAUUGAAAAAUUGUAUUAAAAUAUUAAAUUAUAUAUAUAUAUAUAUAUAUAUAUAUAUAUAUAUAUAUAUAUAUAUAUAUAUAUAUAUAUAUAUAUAUCAUCACUAGCAGGUUGGGUUUGCUGUAAAAUUCACUUGUUAUGUGAAUUUUUGGAGAAAAUGAACAGUAUGUUAAAGAUGCGGCACAGUCCGAUCUGCGCAUGUGCACAAAUUAAGGAGCCCUCUUUUUAUUUACAAACAGUUUAUUUAGGUUUUUAUUUCAUUUUGUCUCUUGAUAAUCUAUUAUACUCUAGAAUCAUGAAAAUAUAUAUAUAGUUGUUGAAUAAAAUUCAAUAUUUUGUUUACAUACGGACUGUACUGCAUCUUUAAUGAUAUCUCACUCUUCUUUCAAAUUUGCUACUCAUAUUUUAUUGGAAUACAAAUUAUUAUUAUGAUAAUCACUGUAUAUGAAAGAAAUUGAACAUGCAGUGCAAUUCUAAUUUGAUUAAAUGUGAAAAAACAUAGCAAUGAUCAAGUCAACAUAACAUGGGUUAAUUAACAUGUUUUUGUUUAUCUCUGAAGUGGCUGGAAAUGCAAUUUCAGAGCUUUAAAACUAGGUGAGCAUGUUCUCCCAAAACCUGCUUAGUUUGUAUAAUGGUUGCCCCAUUAUAUUCUUCAGGUCAUGAGUUCCAGAUCCUUUUACCAACACUUGAAACAUAUAUAUUGCCUGUUUGAUUCAUUUCUGAUGAACCACAUAUUGGGUGCAGGGCCGUGCCAACCGGUUUCUGGUUGGGGGGGGGGGGUUGUAUUCCAAAAUUUGGGCCCCUUUCAAUUCCAGGGCCCCCUGAAAAAAUCUUUUCCAGAAAGCAAAUAUUUUUCCGGAAAAUGUUGGCGACGGGGGCGGGGGUUGACGUUAUGUUUCCGAAAACAAAACUUCCCAAAAUUGUUUCGCGCAACACAACAUUCCCAGAAAAUUCCAUAAUUCAGCACAAAAAUCCUUCAUUUUUUACAAAUUUUGCAAUUCUAGCAUGCCAGGCCCCCCUCCCUGCAAGUUGGGCCCCUUUUUUUACUUUUUUUUGGGUGUGUUAUCCCCAGUGGCACGGCCCUGACUGGGUGGUCAAAGCAACACACUGCAAAUUCUAUAAAUUAAUAGCAAAUAAAAGACUAGAAUGUAAAUAAAACUGUUUCAAUCUAAAUGUUGACCAGGCCAAUAUAUAAAGCCAAUUGAAUUUGUCUGUGGUGGACAAAGCUGCGCAUCAUUUAUGGAGGAUUGUUAGUAAUGAAAUUACCUGAAUUUAACCUAUUUUCUCUUAAAUCUGCCCGACGUUUCUUGAUUUUUCCUGGCACUUGCCCCAAUUUCCAUGGUUUCCCCCCAAUUGUUUUUUUUUUGGGGGGGGGGGGGCAGUUGCCCCCUGCCCCCUGUCUAAUUGCAUGCCCUGCAUGGUUUUCAUGCAGAUUGAUUAAUGCAGCAGCUUUUCUCUUUGAUGAAUAAAGAGCCUAUAGUCAUGCUGUAAUUUGCAAGAUACUUUGCAAUUUCCCCCUAAUAACACGCACUGCACAGCAGGAACAUUGUUAUUACGUACAGACUGUAAUUACAUACACAGUUUGAUAUAUGUGUGAUGGAGUAAAUUAAUCUGUGCCAUAAUCCCAAAAUGUUGCCAGUAUUUUGCUUUUUUUGUAUUACGUACAACUUAGAUUAAAAAUUAAAGCGAAAUGAUAAUUACAGAAUGAAAUUGUUGAGGAAUGAAACAAGCGAAGAAAAAUCCAGACAAAACUCUUCAUACUGUAUAUAUCCACGUAUAAUAAGAUCGCUUUUUAACGUUAACAUUGUCGUUUAGGAGCCAUUUAAUUUGUAUUCAACGAAUGAAAAGGAAAACCUAAGAUGGAGAUGUUCGAAGCGAAAGAAGGAAAGUUGACUCAAAAUGGAAAUACGUUACCCCAUCUUGCACCUUCUGCUGAUCAUUCAAAAUCAAGUUCAAAGGGACACAAAAGAAAGAGAAGAAGGAGGAAACAAGAAAUCGUCGGUAGUAGAGCAGAAAAUGACAACGAUAUUCUUGUAGAGAAUGAUGGAUUAGUUCACAGAACAGACAGUGUUCCAAGCACUGCUAGUGGGUCGUAUACAAACCUUGUAGCAAACGAAAUUGCUGGGAGGAAUGGUGAUAUAAAGCAGAAAGGGGAUAAAUCAGACUUCCCUGAAGACGUGAGAAAAGUUGCUCUCACGCUCGCAGUUAGUAGCAUGAUGAAACCCAAAGUUAAAGAAAACCUAACCACACUUGAUCAUGUUGAUUAUGUGCUGGUUUAUUCUGAUGAUGAGAAACACAAGCAGUUGAGUAACCAAGUUCUAAAUGAACUUAGAAAUAAGUUUGAAAAGAAAGUGGAACUUGAAGGACUCUCAAUUGUGAGGAAGAAAAAAGGAAAUUCAACUUUUGUUGUUAUGAGUUGUUCUUUUGAGAGACUUUGUAAAGAGGCGGAAGCAGUGUCCUUAAAAAUGCCGCUGGCCGGGGUAGGUAUAUAAUUUCAGUUUUAAACGCUCAGUUUCAUGGAUCUUAAAAUAAAACUCAAAUAUUAUUGAUGUUUAACUACCCAGCGAACUAGGGCGCUUAUUUAUAGUAUAAGAGUCCUGGAGUCAGUUGUGUAAAAGCUCAACUGUACCGACACCUGCGUGUUGUAGUUAAAUUGUAGUUAACGCUAAGAUACGCGAUUUUCAUUUGGUUAACUUUUGCACUAACGACUUUUUUUCUAUCGACUUCUGAUGCCAACAGUGACUUACCUUACAAAUCAUAGUCGUACCAAAUAAAGGAUAAGGCAAUUGACCAUUUGCGUAAUAGACUAAAUUUUGAACUAAACAAGUCUAAACAAAAAUUUCAUCACAGCUUGAAGGAGCAUCACAAAAUUAGUAAUAUUCCAAAGUUUCGUUGCAAAAUGUUGUAAAAUGCGGAAAAUAUAGCCUUGCGAAAUUUGCAAUUUUCAGUCAUUUUAGAUUACAAACGGGGAAUUGACAGCCCCAAACCCUUCGAGGCUGUCAAUUUCCGGUUUGUAAUCUAAAAUGACUGAAAAUUGCAAAUUUCGCAAGGCUAUAUUUUCCGCAUUUUACAACAUUUUGCAACGAAACUUUGGAAUAUUACUAAUUUUGUGAUGCUCUUUCAAGCUGUAAUGAAAUUUUUGUUGAGAUCAAAAUUUAGUCUAUUACGCAAAUGGUCAAUUCUUUUAGGACUCUACUUCCAGGAUACGCUGCGGUCUGCUGCAUCUCGUGUGCUCACCGAGCAUGCACUUGAUCGAAUGUCCAAAUUAGAACAUCCAGUAAUCAUGUAGAAAAUUACUGUAGCCCAGUCCUAAAUAGGCACGUCAUGCGCUAUUAGAAUCAGUAUGAAAACGUGCUGCCUAAUUUUUUUGUUACCUAUUUUUGCAAUUCAAUUUUCAAAACAAUUUUUCACCUGCGACAAUAUUUUCCAUGAAAGAGUGACGGUACUUUGGUUGUUUACUAUUUAUUAUUACAAGCAUAUUUUUUAUUUAAAAACUAUUUUCCAAAUGUUUGCCCCAAAACAUUAAUUAUUUUCAAACAAACUCACACAUAGACAAACACACAAGCCAAUUAAGCAAUAGCGAGAGAGAAGCGAUCAGUAUUCAAUUUAAAACUUUGAACUACACGAAAAAGCAAACUUAACAAUUGCUUAAAUUUUCACAAUGAACGAUUUUAUUGAAAAAGUUGUCCUCUUUUUCUGGAUGGUACGUUUCAUAUGUUCAGCUAUGUUUAUUUACACCUCACCAAUUACUAAAUGUGUUUUCUUACCAAUCCCAAAGAAUAUUUAAGAAUAUUAUGCGCCUAUUCCAGGAUAAUAUUUCCAAUUAAUUGGAAAUAUUACAGGCAGCUUUUAAACUAUUGCCGCAGAUCGUACAUUCAUACAUAAACGUAACCCUGCCCUCCCCCCCUUCCCCCACCUUACAAUGUUGGUGCCGCGGCUAUUUUCUAUCGCAAAAUGUUGACUAAUACUCGUGAUUAUCAUAUGUUCUUGAACACAACAUUGUAUGGGAGGGAAGCACAAUGUAAGCCCAAAAUAAUGUACUUUCUUUUCAAAUAAUAAAAGUUUUCAACUUGUCCCAAAGUAAUUGUUCCAUGAUUGUAGUUUGACUUUUCGUGUUAAUGAUAAACAACGUUCAUUUCGGCCUAUGAACUGAAGAAAGGAGUAUAAUCAUGUUAUGUUACAGUAGGUGAUAGGCUACAGUUAGUGAAAUCCGUGUCUUAAUUCCUCUAAUUUGGGGAUACAUUCCUCUAAUGUCUUCAAACGCGACCAAAACAAUUUCAUUUUAUUCCUUUAAGUUUGAAGCGCCAUGUGAUAGCGGGCCUUUGCCGGGAUUUUGGAAACGAUUCAAAACAGAUGAUGAAGGUAUUAUUCAGAUUAUUUUCAAUCCUCUUUGAAAUAACUGUGCACUGCUAUCGGUCAAAAUAUGAGUUGUUCUAUAAAUACUAAAUAGUUUUUAAUAUGAUAUUGAUACUUUAAUGUUUUAGUUGAUCUCGUUAGUGCGGUAUUCUGUGCGUCAAAAAAGGAAAUUUAUGAUGGUAUUGAAGAUCCCAACUCCUUUUUUCGACCUUCACUUCGAACUUUAUUGGU